GAUAUUAACAUCACGUUAUUACGUAUUAUUACGUAAUGCCAUAUAAGUUUGAACAAUAUAGUGAAAAGCUGUAGCGUGUUUGAACAAAUUACAGAGUUCAUCAAGCAUUUUCUUAUGAUAAUUUAGAAAUUGCAUUAUGUAGUUCGGAAGUUUGCGUUUGAGUUACGUAGUAAGACGCACAGAUCGAAAUAGGUAAUACGCAAAUGGCGGCUUGUUGGUGAGGUAUAUAUUUAUAUUCUGAUUUAAAUUCGACAUUCAAGUGUAUUCGUAGAGAAGCAUUGGUUGUAAGUGAAUAACGUGUUCUGUAUUAAUAUUACACUGAAUUAAUGACGUUAACUUUGAACAUAGAGUGUAAAAUUGCAGACUUGUGUUUUCGCAAGUGAUAGAUACUAUUAUACGCCAGUAGAACAUAGACAUAAAAAUGUGGCACGAAGCCCGAAAACAAGAGCGAAAAAUUCGUGGUAUAAUGGUGGAUUACAAGAAGAGAGCAGAACGUAGGAGAGAUUUCUAUGAAAAGAUUAAAGCAGAUCCAACCCAGUUCCUGCAACUUCAUGGACGACCAGUAAAAAUUCAUUUAGACCCAGCUGUAGCUCUUGCUGGAGACAGUCCUGCAAAUAUGAUGCCAUGGCAGGGCCAUCCGGAUGUGCUGAUUGACAGAUUCGAUGUACGAGCUCACUUGGACUACAUUCGUGAUAAUUCCCCUCAUACAGAUUCGGCAACAAAUGAGGAGCUUUCUCGAGAGGAUCGAUUGGUGAAUUAUGAGAGAUACAGAAUAAUAGUCCAGAAUGAUUUCUUGGGAAUUGGUGAGGAGAAAUUCUUGCACCAGCUUUACUUGGAGGAACAGUUUGGACCAGUGACCCGAACAAAUGAGAUUGACAAAAGGAAACGAGAUAAAGGAACUUCAUCGGGAGCAGCUAUCCCAUACUCAUAUGAUGACAAUACAUCUGGGCAGGGACCAACAGAAGAGGAGGAGGUAGAAGGAGAGGAAGAAAAGGAGGAUGAGGAAGAAGAGGAUGAUAGUGAUGUUGAUUUUGAUUUAUGUGUGGACGUAACUCAGGUGGGACCUCAGCAGGCACAUGAGAUGAACAUGUGUGGUGCAGCAUAUGGAAUGAGUGGUAAUGACUUCUAUACCUUCUUGACUCGAGACAUUGAGGAGAAGGAGUCAUUGCGACAAGCACGUGAACAGGAAGAGGAAAAGGCCAUGUAUUCGGGAAGAAAAUCCCGAAGAGAGAGGAGAGCAUUUAGAGAAAAAAGGCUGCAGGGCCGAAAAAUUAGUCCACCCAGCUAUGCUGCCCGUACAAGUCCAACAUAUGAUCCAUAUCGCAAAUCACAGUCCAAGUCUCGAUCACGUUCACGAUCACACUCUCCAGUGAACUCUGGACAGAUCACAUACAUCACAAGCUUCGGAGGCGAGGAGGAAUCAACUGACGAGGGGGGACGUCUGCCUUCAUCCAAGUUCCUUUCUUCGUCAUCAUCACAUUCUGCCAACGUUGUUGUUGCCCCACAGACAAAAGCAAGCCGGUCUAGGUCUCCAAGAAGCAGAUCUUCUGGUAGGAGCAGGUCGAGUAGAGGCUGGGAUAACUCCAUCUCAUCCCCUCACAGGGGACGUGGAAGCAGCAAGAGCAGCUCACAGCGAUGGUCACCAGAUAACCCCUCUCGCAGGUCAAGAGCAGGAGACCAUGGAUCUAGCAGUCGGAAAGCUAGAAGCAAAUCUCCACACCAUACAGGAAACAGAUCUGGUUCUCAUACAAGACCAAGACGUCGAAGGAGCAAUAGCAGCAAGUCGUCCUCGCGGUCAAGAUCUCCAAUAACAAGAUUAAGAGCAAGAAGCCGAUCCAAGACUCCCCAUAAUCAGCCACCCCCACCUCCUAUCCGCAGAUAUUAUGGGAGCAGAAAGGGGGACUCGUCUUCCUCUGAAUUAGGAGAGAGUGAUUCUGAUAGUGCCAAGCAGUCUUCAUCACCACUCCCACGCAACUCUAAGCCUCCACCACACAAGAAUAUGAGUACAGGGUUUGGUAAUUCUGGUGCUGGAACCAAAUCACAACCAAAACUUACACCUCAAGAACGGCUGAAGAAAAAAAUGCAAGCACUACUAAACAGACAAUACAAGGCUGAUAAACGAGCGGAAAGAAUGCGUCAUGAAAAACAAGAGCAGGAACGCCAGGACCGUGAGGAUGAAUUAAGGGAGAUGGCCAUCAAGUUGCGGAGGAGAGAGCGAGAGCGCCGUCACCGCAUGCAGGAUGAUGAUGAUGACGAUGAUGAUGAGGAGUAUGAUGCAGAAGAGAGAGGAAGCUCGCCAUCAUCUCAGUCUGGUGGUAGUUCUCCCAGUCCAUCACCACCUCCACCCCCCACUCCAAACAAAUCUGGGACUUCUGGACACAGGCGUAAUCGUUGGGACCGAGCUGAUGAGGAAGUUAGUCGAGGUGACCAUAGAGGGCGUCGUGGUCGUAGUACAGAACGGCAAGAUCGGCACAGUAGAAGCAGGAGCCGGAGCCCACCACAGAGAUCAAGACGUCAGAGACCUCUUGUCGACUACUGAGGGAUGGUACUACAUUUUGUUUCUUCGUGAAUAUGCCAGUGUUGGUGAAUAAGGAAAAUUGAGUGAUGUGAAGUCUACAUUAUGCAUUAUUUCCUAAUGUUUGUUUCAGUGUUCUUAGCAAAUCCAGCAUAGAAACAUUUCUUUUGACUGUACAUGUUUGUGUAUUUAGCUUGCAAAUUAAGUUCAAUUUAGAAAUAAAAAUGGAAGAACCUUUUUCAUUCCCUAAAUUAAAGCUUACAGCUCCUGCCUUUUGUUAAUGUACCUAAUUAUCUUGAAAGGCAGCAGUGAUAAGCAGGCAUUUAUAUAGAUUGAAGGGCUCUGACUUCAGAAGUAGAAGUAUGUACUAUAAUGGCAAAAGUGCUGACAAAUGGAUCGUGCUUGUUACAUCAGUUGUUUCGUUCACUGAAAUCUGGCUGCUGCUGUUAAAAGCUGCAUAACUUGUUACCUUAUAUCUAAAUAGACAAGGUGCAACAAUUUAAUUCCUGGAAUAACCCUGUGAAAACAAAAUUGGCUUACCUCUGCAUUAUUGGCUGCUGUCCCCUUUGAAAUACUCUCCUUGUGAAGCUAUGCACUUUGUGAGAUGAUGGUGCCACUGCUGGAUACAGUCUUGAAAAUCAUUUUCAAGAAUAGCUCACAGUAAAGUCAUGUUGUGUUGGAUGUCAGGAAUGUCAGCAAAUCUUUGCCCCUUCAGGGCAUUUUUUAAUUAUGGAAAGAGCCAAAAAUCUCAGGGGGCCAAGUCAGGUGAAUAAGGUGGAUAGUCCAUUUUUGUAAUGGAUUUCUUAGCCAGGACCUCACAAAUUCUUAACACAUCAUGUGCAGGGGCAUUGUCAUGGUAGAGAACCCACUUGUCAGGACAGAGUUCAGGUCUUUUCCUCUGAACAGAUCCCCAUAACCUUGUCAGCACUUCCAAAUAACACUGUUGAUUUAGUGUUUGUCCUUGUGCAUUGAAUUAUUGGAUUGAUAGCAGACCAUCCUCUUGUGAUCAAAGAAACACACAUGCAUGAUCUUGAACUGUGAGUGAGACAUGCAUGCUUUUUUCGGCCAAGGUGAAUUCUGUGUUUUCCACUGCAUGCUCUGGCGUUUUGUUUCCAGGUAAUAUUGAAAACAUAUUU